AUGGCAAAUCUAAUCUACUCCUACAGUACUCCUAAUUCUCCACCUAUGUCCCUCACGGGACUUGAACCUUCGACCUCAAGGAGGGAGGAUAACACCGGAUACCGCUGUACUAGAAGCCCUUUGAGGAUGACGAUAACAGCGGUGACGAUUGUUGACGAUAGUGGUGGAUCUUCGUUGCUUGUCAGAACUUGUAGAUCUCGAACAGAAAAUCAUAGAUCCAGUGGCGUUAAUCUUGGAUCUGAAACUAAAGAUGUAGAUCUGGAAUCAUUUGGAGCAUACAUAUCUGAUGGAAGUGAUUGGUCGAUGGUUAGAGGCGGCAACAGGGAUGGUACGGUGGUGCUGGUAAAGUUGGUGUGUUCUUCAUGUUUGAUGAGAGAGUUGAAAGAGUUUGAGGGUUUGAGUGUUUGA